CCGCUGCCUCGCCGCCGGCGUUGGGUGGUUUACGGCAGCGACGCACCAGCACUGCGCCGCGGGGGCGUACUCUCCGCGCCCCCGACCGCUGCGCCGCACCACUGGCGGCGACAGGCACACCGUGCUCGAUAGGAGGCCCUCGUCGACAGUUGACGGGCGCCAUUGCAGUGCGUCGCUGUCGUGCAGUUUGAGCCGUCCGCUCACAUUCGUUACGCAACCAGUACCCCAGCACACCGGCUUAUCACCCGGUAGUCGCUGGUUCGAUGAUGGUGGCAUGCACUUCCUGUGCUGCACCAGGGUGCGGCACGCGAUACCUUGCUGUGCUCUAAGAGGACCGAAAGAAAGGAAGCAAGUCCCGCUUACAGUAUCGCCAGGACGCAGAAGCAACACGACACAGAAAAACAAAAAAAAAAAACGAUCCUACAAACACAACAUAACGCCUCUGGAAUACAUGAAAACAAUAAAGCAUACGCGAGCAGGCUGUUUUGAAAUUUGUUGUACAACACUCACCACUGCAUUUUUUGCCCUUUCCGGUGGCAGCACUCGUCGCACCUCUACCCUUAUAGUUCGCCGUUAA